AAACAUGGAUAGACUUCUGAGGCUUGGAGGAGGCAUGCCAGGCCUGGGUCAGGGUCCACCAGCAGAUGCCCCAGCAGUGGACACAGCAGAACAGGUGUAUAUAUCAUCUCUUGCUUUGCUAAAGAUGCUGAAACAUGGCCGGGCUGGUGUACCUAUGGAAGUAAUGGGUCUGAUGCUUGGUGAAUUUGUUGAUGAUUACACCGUUAGAGUGAUUGAUGUAUUUGCCAUGCCGCAGUCUGGAACAGGUGUCAGUGUUGAAGCUGUUGAUCCUGUAUUUCAGGCUAAAAUGUUAGAUAUGCUGAAACAGACGGGCAGGCCUGAGAUGGUUGUCGGUUGGUACCACAGUCACCCUGGUUUUGGCUGCUGGCUCUCAGGAGUUGAUAUCAACACACAACAGAGCUUUGAAGCACUGUCGGAGAGAGCUGUCGCAGUAGUAGUGGAUCCCAUUCAGAGCGUCAAGGGAAAGGUUGUUAUUGAUGCUUUUAGGCUUAUCAAUGCCAAUAUGAUGGUCUUGGGACAUGAACCACGACAGACUACCUCAAAUCUGGGGCAUUUAAACAAGCCAUCUAUCCAGGCAUUAAUUCAUGGUUUGAACAGGCAUUACUACUCUAUCACAAUUAACUACAGGAAGAAUGAAUUAGAACAGAAGAUGUUACUGAAUUUGCACAAAAAGAGCUGGAUGGAAGGUCUAACACUACAAGACUAUAGCGAGCACUGUAAACUUAAUGAAACAGUCGUAAAGGAAAUGCUGGAUCUGGCCAAAAAUUACAACAAGGCUGUAGAAGAAGAAGACAAAAUGACACCUGAACAACUGGCAAUAAAAAAUGUCGGAAAACAGGACCCAAAACGCCAUUUGGAGGAGCAUGUGGAUGUUGUUAUGACAUCAAACAUAGUUCAGUGCCUGGCUGCAAUGUUGGAUACCGUUGUAUUUAAAUAGAAACUUGAAGCUAAAUGGAGCUAAUCCAACCAUUUUAUACUCUUAAACUGUUUACUGUUUCUCAUGCAGUAUUGAAUCACUGGGGUUUUAUUUAUAUAAACGUCAGCUAACUAGAAGAUACUUCGCGUUAAUGCUACUUCGGGGAAACACCUUUAAAGCAUCUUUUAAAUGUUGCACAGUUUUAGCUGUUCAUUUGAUGGCAGUGUGUGAGGGAAAUUCAAAAUGUUUUUGUUACCUGUAAUAUAAUUUGUUCAAGCAGAAUGUUGCAGGAGUUAGUUUUCCAGCUUGAUAUCUUGAAAUGUUAGAAUUUCUUCAUACACAUGUACCACCAGUUUUGAUUUGUACUGUAUAAUAAAUGUACAUUUAAUAAAGAUUUAGUUUGAA